CAGCUUAAGGAGUAUCGCCCUCCGUGUCGAAGGAGUCGUAAGCAGCUUAAGAAUUAUCCCACUCCGUAUCGAAGGAGUCGGAAUUUCGUUUCAAUACAACCACCUAAGCAGCUUAAGGAGUAUCGCCCUCCGUGUCGAAGGAGUCGUAAGCAGCUUAAGAAGUAUCCCCCUCCGGUGGGCUCCUAA